AUGAUUGUUUUUUCCCUUAAAAGGUCCGCCUUAGCUUUAUUUCUCACACUCAUAGCUAACUCGUUUUUUGCAAAGAAGUGGACCAAAGGCACGAACCAUCUGAAUUGCAUCUCGCCAUUGCAUGCUCACCAUGAGAGUGAAUUAGCUGCUCAUAAGGGGAGGCUUUCGUUUCUCUGGAGCAGUGGGGGGUCAGUGGGGAGUUCGAAGGGUCAGCGGACCGGUCGGCGAAGGCGCGGCGCCAAAUUAAACCUUGAAAGAGGGGGUAUUUGCAUGGAUGGCCGACUUAAAGCGCAAAAUGGUGUGAUGAGAGACAAGAAUAGCAGUGAGCAGGCCGAACCACGCGCCUUCACCAUCAGGGACAUCGGGACGCUGGUGGGGGGACAUGUAACCGUCAUGAGCGGGGCCUUCAAACACUGCAGGGGGGUCAUCCUCGACAUUAAGAAGACGGACAAAGACGAGUACGAGCUCCUAGUGGUAAUCAACAGAGACGAGGCGGCCAAGUAUCCCAAGAACAUUCUAAACAAAUUCGGAAAGAGCUACUGGUUUAACGUGAAGGACCUCCAAGUUGAAAGGGUGAAAGAUUUACUGUUCCACAGGUAUGAAAAUUUUUAUGACCAGAAGGCGCGGCCCGUGGAUGGGGACCUGCAGGAGAUGAAGGAGCGGUUCAGCGAGUUAGGCAUCGAAGGGGAAGAGCUAAUGGAGUUGAACAGCGAAGAGGAGAACGCAUUGGAGGGGGAAGAUGUAACGGACGUGAGCAGCGAGGAGGAGAACACAUUGGAGGGGGAAGAUGUAACGGACGUGAGCAGCGAGGAGGAGAACACAUUGGAGGGGGAAGAAGUAACGGACGUGAGCACAGAAGAGGAGAACACAUUGGAGGGCAAAGAGGUAACGGACGUGAGCAGUGAAGAGGCAAACGCUUCCUAUAUCGAGGCGACCCCGCGGCCAGACCUUAUCACCCUCCAACAGAGCCUCAUCGAGGGAAGAAAAAAACGGCCGCGGAGAAGCGCCUUCUGCCACACAGUGGUGAAGCAAAUAGAAAAGAAUUACAUGUACGAAGAUCUCCUAAACCUAUACAAGGAAAAGAGACAUCUGGCAAACAUAGUGGUGUGUUUCUACAUCCUAAAGCAGCUGGUGAAAAUAUACAACUUUGAAAAAGAAAGCGAAAAUGGGCCAAGUGCGUUCCUCAAAAAUGUUAUUUACAGCAACACCUUUGAAAUCAUAUUAACAGAUGUGUUGAAAUUUUUGCAGAAAAAGGAAAUAUAUAGAGUGGUGGAUAAAACAUGGCUCUUAUGGAUCCUAGUAAAGUUAAAGAUACACAAGGAGGAAAGGUAUAGGUCCACCUUUGAAGGAAUUUUAAAUCACCUUGUGAAGUAUCUCACCUACGAAACCCUGAAAAAAAUGAACACCAAAAGUUUGUGUGCAAUUCUAUGGAGUCUAGCAAAAUGUUCCCAUAGCAACAUACAAAUUUGUAAAAAAAUUUACAAAAAAAUUGUGUACUUUUUGGACAAGUACACCACUGUGAUGUCUUGCCACGACAUUUCGAACAUCUAUUAUUCCCUUGGGUUAGUUGAAUACAAAAAUGGGGACCCCUUUUUUAAUUUAAUCGAUGAAGAAAUUAAAAAAAAUAUAAAUAAAUUUUCAGUACAAAAUCUUAUGAAUAUACUCUACGGAAUGACAAAACUGAAGAGAAAUAACUCCACUCUUGCGGUCGUAAAGGAUAAGUUACUCUUCCACUCCUCCAACAUGAACCUUCGAAACAUGAGUUUGUUCCUUUGGUGUCUAAAUAAAAACGAGUACUACCACGUGGACGUGAACUUCAAAGACAAGUCCUUUCAACAUUUAAAUGUAAAGCAAGCCAUGCAAUUGUUAAUGUUUUUUAAUUAUAACAGACACAAAUAUGUGUACUACCUCAAAUACGUUUUGAAUUUUUUAUUCAAGUAUAUCUCUAAGUUGACCAACCAAGAAAUUUCCUUCCUUUUUUACUCCUUGUUCAAAUUAAAUUUACUCAAAAGUAGUAAGUGCUUUGUAAAGGUGCGUAAGCAUAUCAUCCAGAGGGACUACAGAGAAUUCAACCUCAUAGACCUCAACAUGAUUCUACUCUCCAUGAACAAUAGCAAUGUGUACGACAAAAUUUUGCUGAACUACUUGUUUCGCGCCCUCAGGGGAAUUCUCGCGCGCGUCCUUGAGGCGCGAGCCCCGCGGGGAAGCAGCGCCCCGGAACGAGUGACCAUGCCUGAACGAGUGACCACCCCCAUAGACUGCACCAACUUGAACUACGUAAUGAAAAACCUCUCAGAAAUGAAAAUUUUCGACCAAAGCAUUAUGCUCAAGUAUGCCCUUUUAUUCUCCAACAAUCUUGCCCAUAUCAGCGCCGACCACAUUUGCGAUUAUCUCUUCUACACCUUAUCGAUGAGCCACCCUGGGGGGAAAAACCAAGUAGGGAUGAAUAAAGAAGGGGAGGAAAAAACCCAAAUGACAGACUGUUCCAAGAGCGAACUGUCCGCAUUCACCUCUCGUGACCAAAGGAUCGCACAAUUUGUGAUCUCCAAUGAAGAGAUUACCUUGAAGGAAGCCAAUUUUGGAAAAGUCUAUCAACACUAUUUAACCAAAGUGACUCAAUUCGUGAAGGAAAAACUAUCCCAUUUCGACGCGCACACAUUUCUUGCCCAUUUGGAGGAACACGAAAAUGGGAACACAGGACAAAGCGGAGGUGGGGAAAAACAGGAGGAAGACAAAAUCGAUACAUUCGUUUUCAAUUACCAAACGGAAAAGAAACACGAGCAUGUACAAAAACUGAAUGAACUCAUUUUGGAACAAACCACCAACCAUGCUGAGAAAGCAACUUUGCUGGGGGACUCAGUUUCGGAUAAAGAGUUUUCCUCAUUUGUUAACGAGGCGGAGGACAACUAUCAUCAUGAUAAUGAUGAAAAUAUAGAAAAAAAAAUAAAACAAAACAAAAAAAAUCAGCCAUGCACAUCCAUCAGUUCGCUCAUUCAUUUGUUCUACUCCCUUGCGUCCUUGAACGAACUUCACAAGGAUCGCGUUGAUCACUACAUGGACAAUUUGUACACCGUCGUGGAGAAAAAAAAAAGCGAAAUAACGGCCUACCAGUGGCUGCUCAUCAAGGACAUCUUCAAGAUGGUACGUGUGAAGAGGAGCGCCGAUUGGGAGCUUCUCCUCGACAAUGUAAACACCUACGUUAAGGGUGCCGAGCAGGAGGGAAGCGCACGCUUCGAGACCAUCAACAUCGAGAUAUAG